AUGCCGCACACAGGUCAAGCGGGGGUUAAUCAAUUGGGUGGUGUGUUUGUUAACGGGAGGCCAUUGCCCGACUGUGUCCGACAAAGAAUCGUGCAACUCGCUUUGGUCGGUGUCAGACCUUGCGAUAUCUCGCGACAGCUUCUCGUCUCCCAUGGAUGCGUCUCAAAGAUCCUUACGAGAUUCUACGAAACGGGUAGCAUUCGACCAGGAAGCAUCGGAGGGAGCAAAACGAAGCAAGUGGCAACACCCACGGUCGUGAAGAAGAUCCUACGAAUGAAGCAAGAUCAACCGACGAUGUUCGCGUGGGAAAUUCGAGAGCAACUCGCGCGACAAGGCGCUUGCGAUCCUCAGAGUUUACCCUCUGUCUCCUCGGUAAAUCGGAUUCUCCGCGGUGGAGGACUUCACACCGAUCACACGGGGAUCGAGGGGGGUUCCCCGAGCACCUACGCCUCACAGGUUUCCUCGAACGCCGCAAAUAGAGACGCGCUCAUGAGAACGGAUUACCAAUUAUUUUAUCCGGGAACUCUGGGACCACUGCACAUUUCCACGACUUCCGGUAAUACCAGCGCGCCAUCUUGGAAUCCGAGCUUCUACUCGUCCCUCUAUCAGGCAACAACGCUCCACUUACAUCACGGAAUGCAGUCGUUCUCGUCGUUAGACGUGGAACGUCUUUCGGAGCAGAGUGGACCAACGAACCAGGUCGACCUGAAGUCCAGCUCGAGCUCGAUGGUAGGCAGCGACGAUUCCUUGGACAAGAGCGAUCUAGACGAGAACACGGAGUCCCAGGACCAUUACAAACCGUUCCAAAAUUCGCCGAUAAUCCUGGAGCUUGGCCAGAAGAUCGGCAGCGAUCGCAGCGCGUUCGUGAGACACAGCACAUCCGGUUCCUCCGGAAGUCUCGAGACCAGACAGAGUCCACCGCUUGUGAACGGUGACAAACAGAAGACGUCGUCUCCGCGGAUCUUAGAAACGGGAAACGAACAGAGCACAAUGGCCAAAGAAGCGGCGGUCGAAGGGAGACCGGCGCAACCUCAGAGGAAGAGAAACCCAUAUUCGAUAGAGGAGCUGUUGAAGAAAGACGAAGGCAAGAGCACCUCGAAGAGGCCGAAAUUGACGAACAUCGGCGUGGUUCAACCCUGUGGAAUCAUCCUGAGCAAAGAGAUCUGA